ACAACCUAUGCUAAGACCAUGUUAAAGGAAUUGCUGAGAUUUGACGUUCAUCAUCGAACUGAAAAGGACUUACAGGAACACGUUUCUCGACUUCGCUGUUUGGUUAGAAAGGUGGUUCUAUUGCUGCUGGAGAAAAGUUCUCUCUGCAAAAAUCUGGAGGAACAAAGAACAGUACUUACUCUGCAGUGCACCUCGCUGAAGAAUCUAGUAGCCGUCUCGAAGGACCUGUUGACUUUGAGAAACACUGAAGUCGAGCAACUCUAUAAAAAUAUAAAAAUUAUGGAGGAAAGAAUUAAUUUGGAAAACAUUAAACAACAAAACAUUCUUAAUACUUUGUCUGAGUCUGCAAGGUUGAAUGAAGAUAUUAAAGCACAAUACCAUUGUCAAAUAGAGAUGUUCAACGACCUGCGAGCUCGGUACGAGGAGAAGGUGGCGCUCCUGGUGGCCGAGAACACGCAACUGUCAGGGUUGUUGGCGGAGCAGAACACUAACAUGGUAGGAGAUGGAAGGGAGGGGAGGACAUUAAAAUCGCUAUGUGAGGUUCUGACUAAUAAAGAAGAAAAUGUAGUACCAAAAGUUCCUAGUAUUGAUAAGCAGUCUAAAUCGUGUCCUGAUGAUAUCACCGACACAGUAACAGACAAACAAAAGGGGUAUGGAGAGGGAGAAGUACAAGUAGAAGUAAUAAUGAAACUCGAGGGUGAUAACGAAGAGAAAAUUGCCACAUCAGUACCAGAGAUCAUUGCAUCUCAGGAACUCACAGAAAAUGUUAUGGACAAGGAAAUAGCAGAACACACAGGACAGGGGGAGGGGGAGACAUCUUGUCUUACACCUGAUAUAUGA